UUGCAGCAACGACCUGGGGAAUAGUUACAGGGGAGAGGAGGGGGAUGAAUGAGCCAAUUGUAAACUGGGGAUUAUUAGGUGACCAUGAUGGUUUGAGGGCCAGAUUGGGAAUUUAGCCAGGACACCGGGGUUAACACCCCUACUCUUACGAUAAGUGCCAUGGGAUCUUUAAUGACCUCAGAGAGUCAGGACACCCGUUUAACGUCCCAUCCGAAAGACGGCACCCUACACAGUGCAGUGUCCCCAAUCACUGCCCUGGGGCAUUGGGGUAUUUUUUAGACCAGAGGAAAGAGUGCCUCCUACUGGCCCUCCAACACCACUUCCAGCAGCAUCUGGUCUCCCAUCCAGGGACUGACCAGGACCAACCCUGCUUAGCUUCAGAAGCAAGCCAGUAGUGGUAUGCAGCUGGCUGACUGUUGGUUGGUUGACUGUUCCUUUUACAUAGCCGGUCACACAGACACACACACACACACACACACAUACACACAGACAGUUAAUUUUCUUCCUGCUCUUCUAUAUAUGGCAUGCUUAUAUGAUCGUGUUUGCCUUAACUUAAGGGUCAAGUUUGGAUAGGCACUUGUACUUAAACACAACAUUGAUUCAAAUAUUGCUAGUACCUCCACACCUAUGCACCUAGAUGCAAUUUCCUCUGGCAUGCUAGUGAAAAUAGCCAGCCAAUAGAGUCAUGCUGCUGUAGAGGGCGGCAGGGGAGCUGAGGCUGUCUCAUUGGUUUACACUGUUUUUAUCUCCAUCUUUAUUUUCAGGUUAGAGGCACCACAGUCAUGGAACUCUGGCUUUGGGCUCCAAUUCAGGCAUGGUUCUGGUUCUGGACCCCCUGGUGAGGGACGAGGUCCCUCUGCUGACCCACCCACAGACCCGGGACCCUGUGACAUCAUCAGAGCCGGACGUGGUCCUAUCUCACCGCCAGCGUUCUGACUCGACAUCCUCAGAACGCAGCCUGGCCUCCAGGCCCUGUCUGAACUCUGGAGCCUCAGAGAAGGGUCUGGGCUCAGCCUUCCGGACCAGGGUGGACUCUGGAGCAUCAGAAAAGAGCCUGGGCUCAGCCUUCAGGACCAGGGUGGACUCUGGAGCAUCAGAAAAGAGCCUGGGCUCAGCCGUCAGGACCAGGGUGGACUCUGGAGCAUCAGAAAAGAGCCUGGGCUCAGCCUUCAGGACCAGGGUGGACUCUGGAGCAUCAGAAAAGAGCCUGGGCUCAGCCUUCAGGACCAGGGUGGACUCUGGAGCAUCAGAAAAGAGCCUGGGCUCAGCCUUCCGGACCAGGGUGGACUCUGGAGCAUCAGAAAAGAGCCUGGGCUCAGCCUUCCGGACCAGGGUGGACUCUGGAGCAUCAGAAAAGAGCCUGGGCUCAGCCUUCCGGACCAGGGUGGACUCUGGAGCAUCAGAAAAGAGCCUGGGCUCAGCCUUCCGGACCAGGGUGGACUCUGGAGCAUCAGAAAAGAGCCUGGGCUCAGCCUUCAGGACCAGGGUGGACUCUGGAGCAUCAGAAAAGAGCCUGGGCUCAGCCUUCAGGACCAGGGUGGACUCUGGAGCAUCAGAAAAAAGCCUGGGCUCAGCCUUCCGGACCAGGGUGGACUCUGGAGCAUCAGAAAAGAGCCUGGGCUCCGCCUUCCGGACCAGGGUGGACUCUGGAGCAUCAGAAAAGAGCCUGGGCUCAGCCUUCAGGACCAGGGUGGACUCUGGAGCAUCAGACAGAAGCCAGUGUUCUGCCCACAGAGGCAGACUGGACUCUGGGGCCUCAGAGUCCCACUUCAGACAGAGACUGGACUCUGGCACGUCAGACUCCAGUAUGGGACCGCCAGCCCCCCUGGGCUCUGAGACCUCCGACGGCACAGGGCUCCUGUCACGGAAACGGCUGGACUCAGGGACGUCUGACCAGAGCGUGGGCGUGUUGUCUGUGGGCCGGAGCCGAGAAGAGCAGCCAGAGGUGACCAUGAGUAGCUCCUCUUCCAGCACAGACUCCGAGGCUGAAAGCACCAACCACCAUCCAGACCAGCCCCAUCAGGACAGCACCACUACCAACCAUUAUCAGCCUGAUGGGGCCGUCCUAUUCAGGAAAGCCCCAGACUCCCACAGUGGCCUGAUCAAUGGCAGUGCCAAGGAAAGAGGAGACAUCCAGGAACAGAAGGUCAGAUAUACUUUACUCACUCCUCUCAGAAAAUCAAAUGAUGCAGUUCCUGAGAAGAAAGAGCCAGUUGUCUUGGCCCCGUUCGGCCGGGCUAACUCUGUGCGGGACCGUAUGCUUAAGUUCACGGAGCCCAGUCCCAGUGUCCCGGUCCUGAAGAGGGGCUCUCAGUCUCUGAGGAACGCGACAGCCCCCAGUGCCCGAGUCCUAGGCAGAGCCACCCAGCUGAGUGAGGGGCCAGUAGCAGGGCCAGCCAAGCAGACAGCAGUGACCACAGUAGUAUCCAUCACCACCCCUACAGACAGGCCCGGGAGAACCCAUGUAGGCUCUACAUCCUACUCUUCAUCCGCCUCCUCCUCAAAGAACCAUGUCCAAUGCCAGGGCACAGUUCAUCCAGGGGGCGUGGCCACCAAACCUCUGCAAAGUGCUGCUCAAUCCUUGAACGCUUUAGGCGGGGCAAAGCAGGCGGCUGAAAAGCUGCGGCACUCCUCGGGCGGCUCAAAGGAAGACAAGACCCCAGGGAGAGCAUCUGCACAGCGGGACAGCAAGGGAGCGGCAGACCCCGACAUGAAGACCUUCCUAACUAUCGAGAUCAAAGAUGGGCGCACCACCACCACCACCACCACCUCUUCAUCCUCUAGAGGCAACCUGGCCCCACGCAUCACCACCAACCCCAUAGGACAGAGAGCAGAGUUGACUCUGGGCCUAAGAGCGACCCCCUUCAAGAUGUCCUCCUCCAGCCUUACCUCCGGAUCAUCUUUCAAGAUGGCCUCAGAGCCAGUGUUGGCGGUGGAGCCCUCAGUGCAGGUGGCCUGCUGUCAGCCCCCGGCUGCUGUACCCAACGGCUUCUCUGCGCCACCUCGGGACAAAUUCGAAGAGUGCUCCAGAAAACUGACCGCAGAACAGCUGGCCGCCAUCGACGAUGAGGAGCUCCUGGAUAAAAUGCUGGAUGAGUCCAAGGACUUUGAGGAGAGGAAGAUGAUCCGACAGGCCAUGAGAGAUCUGCGUAAGAGGAAGAGAGAGGCCGAACUGGGAUGUACUCAAGAGGAAAUAAACCAGAGAGAAAAGGAGCGGGAGUUUCGUCUUGCGGAGCUUCGGCAGCAGAGAGCGGAGCAUACUCAGAAGGGUCGUAUGGGAGGAGGAGGAGCUGGGGAGGUGGUGAUGAGGAAGGUGGAGAUGUCAGCUGAUGGCUCCACCCUCAGCCAAGUCACCAAGACAAACCGCUUUGCCAAGUCUGGUGAUGGCAGCAGGACAGCUCACAGCACCAUCAUGGAGGCCAGUUAUGCGAAGAAAACAGACGUGGGGAUAGUUCAGUCCAAGUCCUACAGCUGCUCCUCCUCUACCUCCAGCAGCAGCUCCACCAGGAAAGUGGGCAGUGUGUUUGACCGCGAGGACGACUCGGCGUCCCGUGCUGCGGAGCGCCGGCAGGCAGAGAAGCGCAAGGAGCUGAUGAGAGCCCAGACUCUGCCCAAGAUGUCUGCCGCACAGUCCCGCAAAGCCAUGAUCGAGAAACUGGACACGGAGAGCGGAGGGCCAGGAAAUAAAGCAGUUGCCAAGGUGAACACAGUCCAGCGCUCGGCUAGCUGCGUGGUGCCCAAUGCCAACUCCAUCAAACAGAUGCUCCUGGACUGGUGCCGCGCCAAGACCCGCUCAUACCAGAAUGUGGACAUCCAGAACUUCUCGUCCAGUUGGAGUGAUGGCAUGGCGUUCUGUGCCCUCGUACAUAACUUCUUCCCAGAGGCCUUUGACUACUCCUCUCUCAGCCCUGCCAACCGCAGACACAACUUUGAGGUGGCCUUCAGCACUGCAGAGGAAUGUGCCAACUGUAUGCCCCUGUUGGAGGUAGAGGACAUGAUGAUCAUGGGGAGGAAGCCUGACUCCAAGUGUGUGUUCACCUAUGUGCAGUCACUGGUCAAUCACCUGCGCAGGCACGAGAUGAAACUCGCCAAACUCCAGGGCACCAACCUCUGAUCUGCUCACUGUAUCUUCCCCCAUCGCACCCCUCCUCUCCUCCUGAGCACCACCCAUGUCCCAAAAGACAGCAGCCCCGACUCUGAGUGAGGGGUGUUACUGAUUUGCACAUCUCUGAUGGCCAACGUGGUGGGGGGUGUGUUUGUGUAGGUGUUGGCAUCUGUCUUAUGAUUAUCUUUGUUGAUGGUGGUGGCAUGUCAGACAGAUAAAUUCCCUUCCUCUGGACGCAUUUGUUUAGGCUGUGCGAACCUUCCCAUCUUCCAGAAAGAGAAUUCCAAAGUUUAAUAGAGAAUCUUUAAGCUUUAAUUGAUAUUUUUAUUUUAUACUGAUAUUUAGUUGUACAGCCUAUCAGUCAUAAGGCAGUUCUAUACGUGGUUUGGAAGUCUGAAGAUAAACCACCAGCAAAACCCUACAUGAAAUGUACAUGAGAAAAAUAGGAAUUUUACUGUAUUCCCUCACCCACAUUAAUGCCUAAAUGUUUUUGUUUUCUGUGACAAUUGAAAGAUGUUACUCAAGCUGUUGGCGAUGAUGAAGAAAACAAAUAUGAUAUGAGGCAUUAAUAUUCCUUCCGUCCCCACUCUCGUACUGUUAAAGGUGUUGCUAAACACAUGUAUUUGAAUUGUUUUAAAUAGUGCUUUGUAUGGAGGGAUGUUAAUUAUUAUUUGGUGGGUGCUUAUAUUUAUUCUAUUACACACACGUACAAGUAUUUAUUAAUACGCAUGUGUGAAUUCGAUUAUCUUUUGCAUAUCACAACUCUCCCUGAGACAUCCUCGAGAAAGUGGGAUCACAACCAGGGUCUGGACACUAGACCAAUUAGGAUUAAAUGCCUUGCUCAAAGGCACAGACAGAUUCUUCACCUUGUUGGCUCGAGGAUUUGAACUAGCGACCUUUCGGUUACAAGCGCAACACUCUAACCCAGGGAUGGGAAACUCUAGUUCUCAGGGGCCGGAGUGGUGUCACUUUUUCUCCACCCCUAUCAAACACAGCUCAUUAAACUAACUGCAUUCUAAAAUGAAGAUCAUGAUUAGUUGAUUAUUGGAGUCAGGUGUGUUUGCUGAAGCAAAAGUGUGAAACCAAUCAGGCUCCCAAGGAAUGGAGUUGCCCAUCCUUACUCGAACCACUAGGCUAGCUGCCGCCCGAUGUUAUUCAGUAGCUGGCAUUAUGAAAUUGGUGGAUCCCGUCUAUGCAGCCCUAACGUAGCAGGUGUAAAGAAACGCCUGAGCAGGUUCUGCAGAAACCAGAAGCAUCUGGUUCAGGCUAUGCCUCUGCUUUUCCCCUGAAAACCGUAUGCUUCCGGGUUCUGCCGACCAACUGAAGGUGAUGCAGCCCUAUGCUGCGCAAAACCGAUAUCAAUCUACAGACCCACUGAGGUUGAAGCCAGACUAGGUUGUAAUAGCCAUGUUGUGAUACUAGUUGUGAAACUAUAAUUGUGUAUUUACACCACUCAGAAAAUUUACAUAAUUUUGGUCUGUGGAGAAACACCAGUGUUGAAAAGUAGUUUCCAAGUGCCUCUCAGACAGGUAAAAUCACACAUUGGUGUUUGUAGAUGAUCACAUCUCUUUCCUCCUUGUCCUUGCCUCAGUUCGCUACAUUGCAUCUAAAAAAAAACUUGGCAUGGGGUUGUCGCAUUCACACUGCCAGCAACACACAGCUCUUUUUGUGGGCUCUUUAAUUAUGCUUGGGUAACAUUUCUGUUGGUGGUCGUACCAUAUGCUUUACAGUUUUGUUUCAUGAGUCCAUCUAUAGGUUAUGGUAAUGUCAGUAUUUGUUGGCUCUCGAUUGGCGCAAGGCACUGCUUCUCAGCUCUAGAGGUGUCACUACAGACCCUGAUUUGAUUCCAGGCUGUAUCACAACCAGCCGUGAUUGGGAAUCCCAUAGGGCAGCGCACAAUUGGCCCAGCGUCAUCCGGGUUUAGCCGUCAUUAAAAAUAAGAAUUUGUUCUUAACUGUCUUGCCUGGUUAAAUAAACAUUUGUUGGAGGCCAACCAAUCAAAUGUAUUUAUAAAGCCCUUACAUCAACUGAUGUCAAAGUGCUGUACAGAAACCCAGCCUAAAACCCAAAGUAAUGCGGGUGUAGAAGCACGGUGGCUAGGGAAAAACUUCCUAGAAAGGCCGGAACCUUGAGGAACCAGCCAACUUCCCUUCUCUAAAUUCUUGGGCCCAAUGAAAGCUGGCUUUCGGUUCAGUUGAUUAUGACAGACAGGUGAACAGGAGAUUAUUAAUGAUAAAGGCUGAAGGUACAUUUUCUGAAUUCUAGCUAAAAAUGUUUUAUGGUUUCUUUAUCAAUAAUUUUAAGACUGCGGUUGGUUUUAGAACUGGUUUUGAUUUAAUUCACUUUCUCUAAUUUGAGACUAGAGAAAUGUACUAAAUCUAAUUUUGUUACAUUUUGUAAACCGGUGUCGACUAACAAUGAAAUGCUUACUUAUGGGUCCUUUUCCAACAAUGCAGAGUUAAGAUAAAAUAUGGUUACGACAGUUUAAUAUUCCGCAACCAGAAAGUUUUCACAAACUAGUUAAUCCUGUACAUACAUGCUUGGACACAGUCAAUUAAUGUUUCUGUACACCACAAUGAAUGUGAAUUAACAAUUAAACCAAUUUAAGAUA